GGUGGGAAAUGGGCGAGGCUGCAUAAACAGUGCGAUCCAUGUGGGAAAUUGGUGAGGCUACAGCUGCUUUAAAUAUAUACAUAACGACUUCUCUCCCUAGCAAAAUGAAGAAGCAAUCUCUCUUUCUGGUUUUGCAUGGUAAUGGAUCUCAAUAUGAGUGUACUUUCUGCAAUAGGCAUUGCAAUCUUAUUGUUUGCUGUGUCGCUGUCCCUUCUGUUGGGAUGGGCGAGGAAAAACAAUGGCAGAUUGUCUUUGCCAGGACCAUUUGCGCUGCCCAUCAUAGGAAACCUCCAUCAGUUGGGAGCUCUUCCUCACCGCAGUCUGCAGCGGCUGGCUGAGAAACAUGGGCCGAUAAUGAUGGUCAAGUUUGGUUCUGUUCCCGUGGUGGUUGCAUCUUCUUCUGAGGCGGCCAAGCAGUUUCUGAAAACCCACGACUUGAAUUUCGCCAACAGGCCAUCUAUUGGAGCUGCCAAAUACUUGUUUUACAAUCACAAGGAUAUCGUGUUCGCUCCCUACGGGGAUUAUUGGCGAAACAUGAGAAAGAUAUGCAUAGUGGAGCUGCUGAGUGCUAAGCGAAUCGAGUCGUUCAAAGGCGUGAUGGAGGAAGAGGCGCUGGCGAUGGUCCGAUCGAUCUGGGAGAAGAGCGAGGAGGGCAGAGUAGGCGUGGAUGUGAGCGAGAGCGUUGCCCGCUACACCUCCGACUUUACAUGGCGGAUGUUGACGGGCAGGAUAAAUGCCGACCGCCACUCCGGCGGCACGGCGUUCGAGAAAAUGAUUAAGGAGGCUGCGGAGUUGGCAGGACUGGUUAAUAUUGGCGACCUCAUUCCUUGUUUGGAGUGGCUGGACUUGCAGGGGCUAAGGCGACGAAUGAAGAAUAUCCACCAUCGGUUGGACGCCGAUUUCGGCAAAAUAAUUGAUGAACAUGCGGAGCGCAAGGGGAGGCGCACUGCAGAGGAUUUGGUUGAUGUGCUCGCGGACAUGGAAAUCACAGUGGAAGAUAAGAAGGCUAUCCUCAUGGUAAUGUUCAUUGGUGGAAUAGAUACAUCGAUAACUCUAUUGGAAUGGACAAUGAGUGAAUUAUUGAGAAACCCAAGUGUGAUGAAGAAAUUACAAGAAGAAAUUAAUUGUAUAGUAAAACAAGAUGACAAAAUAACAAGUUCUCAUAUUUUAAGUAUGAAAUACUUGCAUUGUGUGGUAAAAGAGGCAUUAAGAUUAUAUCCACCAGUCCCCUUGCUCAUGCCCCAUGAAUCUAUAGAAUCUUGUAUUGUUGAAGGACCUGAUCAUGACUACUUGAUACCAGAAAAAUCAAGGCUUGUAGUUAAUGCUUGGGCUAUAGGAAGAGAUCCAAGAGUAUGGAAUGAUCCCUUAGAAUUUAGGCCUGAGAGAUUUAUGGAUAAAAUUUUUGAUAUAACCAAAGAUCCAGAAUUAAGCAUGAUUCCUUUUGGGACAGGAAGGAGAGGUUGCCCUGGUGCUUCCAUGGGAAUUACCACUGCCGAGGUUGCAUUAGGAUAUCUCCUUCAUUACUUUCACUGGAGAAGUGAAGAUGAGAUAGAUAUGAAUGAAUGUUUUGGAGCAGUCAUUCCUAGAAAAAAACAUCUAUUUGGUAUUCCAACUUGGAGGUUAAGUUUAAAUGCACUUUCAUCCAUCAAAAUAUAAUUACUAUAGAAAGUUGUUUAAUAUCUUUUCACUCAAACUAUGUAAACCAUCAAAUUUAUAAAUAAAUAUUCAUCUCUCUAUGAUAUGACU